AUGACUACUGCUACGACACCAUUCAUGUCCGCUGAUCAAUGCGUUCCAAAUUUGAAGACAAUUACCGUUAGCAAUGCCAAUGUUUCUCCAUUAAUCAAAGGAAUUCCGGUAACUUAUAUCCUCGAGAAAUUACAUCAACUCGGACCAAACUAUUUUAAUGACAAAUCAACAGCAUUUGCUGAACUUCAUAUUGAAGGAAACAGUAAAUUCUAUUGGGUACAUAAAGAGUAUCUGGUUCUUCAAUCAAAUUUAUUUAAUGAAAUAUUUGAUAAUGAUAACGUUUCGAAUGGUGACGUCAUCACAAUCACGCUCCCAUCUCCCGAGGCAUUCGAUCCGAUCCUCGAAUAUUUUUACGAUGGAGAUGCUGAUAAAUUUUAUGAUAGUUUGACAUUAGACAAUUUUAAAAGCAUUUGGGAAAAUGUUGAAUAUCUUGGAAUGGGUGCUGAAGCUAGAGCUGUUUGUCUCGCUUAUUAUCAAAACGAAGUCUUAUCUG